AUGCCCAUCUGGCACGUUCUCCAUCCCGAUACCGUCUUUACAGACCCGCGCGACAAGGCCGAGCUCGUCAAGGCCAUUGUCGGCUUAUAUACCUCGGGCGGUCUCCCACCCUUUUACGUCAAUGUCUUUUUCCACAAAUUCGCCCCGGGCGACGCCUGGUCCGACACGCGGUAUCAAGGCAGCAUCGAGGCCUUGGAUAAGACCAAUGCAGUAGCCGGGGUGUCUCAACGCGAGCGGCCCUUUGUUCACUUUGAGAUUGAUCAGAUUGCCGUCAACAUUACCAACGACGAGUGGGCCAACAAGUGGUGUGAGAAGGUCAAUGAGGCUCUUAAACCUCAUAUAGCAGACAAGGGUUAUGAUUGGGAAUACCAUAUUGAUGAAACACCCAGGUCGCUAUGGCGUACAAAUGGGCUGUCCCCGCCGCCUUGGAAGAGCGUUGCUGAGCGCAAAUGGUUCGAGGCAAACCAGCCAUUGCCGUACGAUAAGAGCGGCGCGAUAUUGGCCGAGAAUAAGCUGUAA